UGAUUUUAUAACUUUACUUGUGCUUGUGACUGCUUCAUUGAUCUAUUUUGCUGACGAUGUUCAUAAUGUGGAGUCGACAAAAGGCAUGGCUAUCACCAGUGUACUUCCACUCGAUAGAUGUGAAUGGAUAUUAAAGACUAAAAAUCUCUCUCAAGCUUCGCAGAUAUCAAUACCAAUGGCAAAGAACGGCCGUGGGAAGCGAUAUAUGUUAAGCAGAAUUCCAUACUCAACAAAUGGUUGUUGUGGGUAUCAAUUGGAACGGCAACUAAUAACCAGUGGAGAUGUAGAACUAAAUCCUGGCCCAGAUACUAAUACCUCUGGAAAUGAACAAAGUCGAAGGGUCGUAAAUCACCCAAUAAUGAAUUCUUCAAACAAGAGUCUGAAGAUUGGUGAGUGGAACGUAAAUAACCUUACUGACGUAAAGUUUGAACAGAUAAAACUAUUUUUGACUUCGCACAAUAUCGACGUGAUGUUUCUUAUCGAGACAUUCCUAAAACCCAAUGUAUCGGGCUUGGUUUACGAAAUUCCUGGUUAUUCAAUGUAUAGAAAAGACAGGGCGGGUAAUAAAAAAGGCGGAGGAAUAUUAGCUUAUGUAAACAGUCAGUUAAAAGCGAACAGGCUUUACGAUUUAGAAGAUGAAAAUGUUGAAAUCAUGUGGUUAAGUAUUUGUCCAUAUUCAUCUAACAGAGCUUUACUAGCUGGCGCC